GUCACACGGAACCUCUCCUCCGGAAAGAGGAAACUCGCCUUCCAUGAUCGAGCUGCGCCUCGGUUGCCAGGAUCUGCAGCCCAUGGAACCGUGUGUGAACCACUAGUCUGUCGUGUGUGUGUGUGCGCGCGUGUUCACUGUGUGUCGCCGCUGUUCGCCAUGUCCGCCUCCGCCGUCUUCGUGCUCGACCUGAAAGGAAAGGUGCUGAUAUGUCGAAACUACAAGGGUGAUGUGGACAUGGCUGAGAUAGACCACUUCCUGCCUCUACUUUUGCAACAAGAAGAGGAGGGUCUUCUCAGUCCUGCUAUCACGCGUGGCAAUGUCCACUUUCUGUGGAUUAAACACAGCAACCUCUACUUGGUGGCCACUACCAAUAAGAACUCAAAUGCUGCCUUGGUCUAUGCCUUCCUGUACAAACUGGUGGAGGUGUUCACAGAAUACUUCAAGGAGCUGGAGGAAGAGAGCAUUCAGGACAAUUUUGUUGUGGUUUAUGAGCUGCUUGAUGAGCUCAUGGACUUUGGCUUCCCACAGACUACCGACAGCAAGAUCCUGCAGGAGUACAUCACCCAGGAGGGCAAUAAACUGGAGGUGGCUAAGUCCAAGGUCCCCACCACAGUCACCAAUGCUGUAUCCUGGAGGUCGGAGGGAAUUAAAUACAAAAAGAAUGAAGUUUUCAUUGAUGUCAUUGAAUCAAUUAAUGUGUUGGUGAAUGCUAAUGGAAGUGUAAUGAGCAGUGAUAUCGUGGGCAGCAUCAAGUUAAAGACCAUGUUAUCCGGGAUGCCUGAGCUACGCCUGGGCCUCAACGAUCGUGUGCUCUUCACCCUUACUGGCCGAGACAAAGGGAAAUCUGUGGCAAUGGAAGAUGUGAAGUUUCACCAGUGUGUACGUCUCUCCCGUUUUGAGAAUGACCGCACCAUCUCCUUCAUUCCCCCAGAUGGGGAAUCUGAACUCAUGUCUUACCGCAUAAAUACCCAUGUGAAGCCAUUGAUCUGGAUUGAGUCUGUCAUAGAGAGGUUCUCUCACAGUAGAGUGGAAAUCAUGGUCAAGGCAAAAGGACAGUUCAAAAAGCAAUCUGUGGCAAAUAAUGUGGAAAUCAAAGUGCCCGUUCCAAGUGAUGCUGACUCCCCUAAAUUCAAAACUAGCACUGGACAUGCCAAGUAUGUCCCAGAGAAGAACUUGGUAGUGUGGACCAUCAAGUCAUUCCCGGGGGGGAAAGAGUUCCUGAUGCGUGCCCAUUUUGGACUUCCAAGUGUGGAGAAUGAUGAAAAAGAGGCCAAGCCACCUAUUACAGUGAAAUUUGAAAUUCCAUAUUUUACUGUGUCUGGAAUACAGGUGCGAUACAUGAAGAUCAUUGAGAAGAGUGGUUACCAGGCACUGCCCUGGGUCAGGUACAUCACUCAAAGUGGAGAUUAUCAGUUGCGGACAAACUCUUAGGCUGACUCCAUCCUCUUGGUCCACACCAUGAUUCCGACACUUGCAGACACUUAAGAGGUCAAAGAGCAGUGAUCAAGCAGCUCACUCCUGUGAACAUGAGCCCACAUACAGGAAUGUUUGGAGUCUUCUCAUCUUUUUCUGCAGUCUUGAUUUGAAUUGUUUAAUUUAAAUUUUAAUUGAUAUGUAAAUAAAAAAAAAAGUUUUCCUGUAAUGCUUUAAACUGGAGUUUCUGGGAGGAUAUUUUAACUGAAUGCAUUGUUGCUUGUCUGUAUGCGGUAUUCUUUGAAAUGUCAUUCUUAGAGUGGUGUUAAAUUUUCUUUAACAAUUAUACAGUUUUCGAAACAAUAAAUGCUGGCCAUAGGCUGAUUGUAAUCC